AUGCCACGCACCCGGGAGGACAAGGGGACCCCCAAGGACCCGGAAACCCCAGGCAAGGGGAAAGGAGGGGAGGGAGGGGAGAAAAGCCCCAAAGCUGCUGAAGAUGGUGGUGGCCACCAGGGCACCAAGAGCCCUGCCUCUGAGCCUCGGCACGGCGGCCAUGGGCAGAAGAACAGCAAGAGAGGCUCUGCGGACCCCAACGCAGCGGCCAGCAAGACCUACUCACCCUUCCUCAACACUGUCUUUGGCAAGGAGCGGGAGCUGUCACCAGAGGAGCUGGAUGAGCUUCUGGAUGCCUUCAAGGAGUUCGACACGGACCAGGAUGGCUACAUCAGCUACAAGGACCUGGGCACCUGCAUGCGCACCCUGGGCUACAUGCCCACCGAGAUGGAGCUCAUCGAGAUCUCCCAGCACAUCAAGAUGAGGAUGGGUGGCCGUGUGGACUUCGAGGAUUUUGUGCAGAUGAUGGGACCCAAGCUGCGGGAGGAGACUGCUCACAUGGUGGGCAUCAGGGAGCUCAAGAUCGCCUUCCGUGAGUUCGAUGCCAACGGGGACGGGGAGAUCAGCAGCGGGGAGAUGCGGGAGGCCAUCGGCGCCCUGCUGGGCGAGCAGCUGAAGGCUCAGGAGGUGGAGGAGAUCCUGCAGGACGUGGACCUCAACGGGGACGGGCACGUGGACUUCGAUGAGUUUGUCAUGAUGCUGUCAUCUCGGUAA